AAACGGAGUAAGGUUUUUGUUUUCUCUUCAUCAGAAUCCACUUGUUUUUCGAUUGAAAAUGGCUCAUAAGGUAAAGAAUGUAACGGAAAAGCUUGAUGACAUUGCCAAUGAGAAAAAUAAGUUCAUACUAACAGAGGGAGUUGGAGAGAACGAAGCUGAUAGGUUCGAUUGGCGGAUAACUAGCUCGCUUGUUAACGAAUCAGAAAUAUUUGGAAGAGACAAGGAAAAAGAAGAGCUGACCAGUUUGUUGCUCGCCAAUUCAGAUGACCUCUGUGUCUGUGUACCAUGUGGCAUGGGGGGACUGGGGAAGACAACACUUGCUCAAUUAGUCUACAACGAUGCAAGUGUAAAAGGGCAUUUUGAUUUGAGGAUAUGGGUUUGCGUAUCUGUUGAUUUCGACAUAAGGAGACUAUCAAGAGGCAUCAUAGAGUCCGUUGAAGGCAACCCUUGUACCAUUCAAGAGCUGGACACUUUGCAACGACUCCUACAAGAAAAGUUGAUUGGAAGGAGGUUUUUGCUUGUGUUGGAUGAUGUUUGGGAUCAUUACCAUGAAAAAUGGAAUGAAUUGAAAGAUGCAUUGAGAGUUGGGGCUAGAGGAUGUGCUGUUAUAAUAACAACUCGUCUAAAGCAGGUUGCUGAUAAAAUGGCUACUAUUCCUGUUCACCUAAUGGGAAGAUUGUCGGAAGAUGAUUCUUGGCUUCUGUUUGAGCGUCUUGCAUUUGGAAUGAGAAGAAGCGAGGAGUAUGUGCACUUAGAAAGUACUGGAAAGGCGAUAGUCGAUAAAUGCAGUGGCGUUCCUUUAGCUCUAAAGUCACUGGGGAGCUUGAUGCGCUUGAAGAGACAUGAACAACAGUGGUCAUCUAUCAAAGAAAGUGAGAUUUGGAAUCUACCAGACGAAGGUGGCACAAUUUUACCUGCCUUGAAGUUAAGUUAUAACAACUUGCCACCACAUUUGAAACAAUGCUUUGGAUUUUGCUGUAUAUUUCCGAAGGAUUAUGUCAUGAAGAAAGACCAGUUAGUAAAGCUAUGGAUGGCCAACGGAUUUAUUGAUCCUGAAGGGUAAAUGGAUUUGCAUGAG